UGAGAGGCAUUCUUCAGCUGCUCACAGGAGGUGGGAGGGGAAGUAACGACGUAGUAGCGACUCAGUCAGUCAGUGAAGUUUCCAGCGACUCAGCCAUCACGGUCUGAAACUCUUUUUUGAAAUGAACAAAUUCGGUGGCUGCGGAGGGGAUUUAAGCGGCAGUAGAAGACCGUGAUCUUGGGUGGUUCUUUGGGUUGGCUCGUCCGGCCCGGAGGAUCUGAUUAUGGGUCAGACUGCUGUGUCUGCCGUAUCACAGCCUGCGAGCGUUGAUGGGUUGGAGAAAUCAUCAUCACUGGCCAGCUGUGACGUGGUGGUGGACAGCGCCGGCAAUACCCAGAAUGCCCCUGCAUCACGGCAGCCACGAGGCAAGCUGUCAUCACUAGGAAAACUGUUCAAACCCUGGAAGUGGAGGAAGAAGAAGACCAGCGACAAGUUCCAGGAUCUUUCCAAAGUUCUUGAGAGAAAAAUCUCCACCAGACAAACAAGGGAGGAGCUCAUCAAGAAAGGAGUUCUCAUCCCUGACCAAGACGAAACGAUCAGCAGUGAAAAUCUGAAUGGCCAUGCCACAUCUAGUGUGUCGUCAGAGGAAGUCAAGGUGGACAUUGAGUCUCCAGAAGCAGCGCUGGGGGAGCAGGCCACCGGGCCCGUCAACACUGAAGACAAAACGGAGAGGUGCGAUACUAAAUCCCUCGCACGGGCAAAACAGGUGCGACCCCGAGACGUUCAAGCUAAAAAACAGCAAAGUGCCACCCUGCCCGCCUCUUCCAAACCUUUGGGUGGCACUUCAGCCACAACCAAGCACAAAGACGCUGCUUCGGGGAAUAAAAAGACUGCUAAAACCACAGGGAAGACAGUCUCAUCCACUCAAGCUAAAGCUAACCCGCGGAGCACUAACAACACUAGUCGGGGGAUUGCCAAAUCCUCCCAUCCAAAGAAGACAGGAGUCACAACAAAAACCACUCCCACCUCCAUCCCUCAUUCUCGUGCAUCUAAGGACUCUGCAGCACAAACGGAGGGGACCGAUGCAAGGAGAAACCGGAAAUCAAACACUCCCAUCUCUUCCUCCUUACCCCAAAAGGCCCCUACAGAGACUCCAUGCCGGCCUGGGGAUUUAAAAUCCUCGUCCCUUUCCUCAGACACCAAGCCAGCCUCAUUUAAAGCCUCAGGCAAUGAGACGGAUGGAACUCAGGCUGCUUCUCAACCUGCUGUAGAGUCCAAAUCUGAUCCCAAUGCCUCUACUGCGAGUGAGGACCCCCAAAAGGGCAUGGUUCCUGAUCCCGCUGUCCAGCCUCCCCAUAUCAACACUGCUACAGAAGACACUUCCUUCACAGAGGGAGGGACAGACAGCAGCUCACAUGGGGAGAAAUGGGGGACAACGGGAGGGGAGGGAGGUGAACAAGAAAAGAAGAAAGGAGAAACCAAGCCUGCUGUGGAGAACAGCUGCAGGUCUGCAGAAGGCCACACUGAAAGGCCACAGGGCCUCAGUGUAAACACGGAGCAGGUCAUGGUGACAGUGAUCCCUGAUAGGCCGAGAGACAGCCAAACAAGUGACUCUGACUCUGACGGACCAAUCCUGUACCGCGAUGAGGAGGAAGACGAGGAGGAAGACGAGUACACAACAAGCGCUCUGGCCAUUAAGAUCCGCAGACGAGACACCCUAAACAUCAAACUGGGGAACCGACCCAGCAAGAGAGAGCUAGAAGAGAAAAACAUUCUGCCGCGGAGCUCUGAGACGGAGAGAAAUGAGCUUCGCCAGAAAAUAGGCUCCAAACUAGUCAGGCGCCUGAGCCAAAGACCCACCACAGAGGAGCUGGAGCAGAGAAACAUCCUCAGGCAAAAGAAUGAAACAGAAGAGCAAGAAGCUAAGCAAGAGAUUAAAAGGAGACUCUCAAGAAAGCUGAGUGUGAGGCCUACAGUGGCAGAGCUUGUCGCUCGCAGGAUCCUGCGUUUUAACGAGUAUGUGGAGGUAACGGACGCCAAGGAUUAUGACCGGCGAGCAGACAAACCCUGGACACGGCUAACUCCCGCGGACAAGGCUGCUAUCCGUAAGGAGCUGAAUGAGUUUAAGAGCCGAGAGAUGGAGGUUCAUGAAGACAGCAAACAGUUCACCAGAUUCCAUCGGCCCUAAGCGUUCUCGCUGUCAGCUGGACGUCAGCACGACAAGCUCUCCGGUCCACAGCUCCCAGCAGUCUCCCAGUACUCCAGAUCCUCAGUACACAGAUCAGUCAACUUUGCUUUGGGAUCCUCUUGCGCCUGAUGAUAUGUAUAUCUGUCUAAAGUGACAGCUACAAGUGUGUCUUAAGGCCUUGGCCAUCCGUGAAACCUUUGCACAUAUCUAUAGUCGGAACAGCGGUGUGUAUAGCACUCUGAUUAGAUUAUUUAUUGAGGAUGGCCAGAACCUGCUGUUUUUUUAAUGUGUUUUGUUUGUUUGUAUUUGUUUUACUUCAGGUCUUGUCAUGAGGUUCCAGGGAGGAAAAACUUGCUAAAUCCCCUUUUUAGUAGUGAAUGUGGCUCAGCUGUAUUAAAGUGUUAGCGCACAUGUCAAGGUAUGCCUUGUCACAAACUGCCAAAUGGCCAUAUGUGGGCAUCCUCCUAGAACAGGAAAUGGGAGUAAUUGGAUGGUUGUGUGCUGAUGUCAGUGCCUGUGUCAUAGAUCAGAGGGGAGGAGAGGCAGAUUGUUCUGCUCCGAUGUGCCUCUCUGAGUUAAAUCUGAAAUACUGCAGUUCAUUUGUAGACUUAUUUAAAGUAAAUUGCCCCUAGAUGGCAUUAUAUCAUAAGAGUUAUAGACUGUGAGGAUGAAGCUGUAUAUGUAGAUGAAAAAUUAUCUGCAAGUGUUAUAUUUAUAACUGCUGAAGCUGCAGGAUCGGUGGACACCUGAGGCUUUAAUAGUGAAGUGCAAUGAAAAUCCCUCUGCCAUCACAGCCAUUUGUAAUCCGCACUCCUCCUGAGGAUACACAAUGAUCAUGUACUAUUAUAUAUCUUGUGUUGAGUUAUUACCUGCAAACCUCUCUUCACAAAGUGCUGGAUUUAGCUGUUACUUCACUUUUUAUGUUAGGCUUUUGGCUGGAGCUCUUUGUCAGAGAGACUUGGUGCCAAAGAAAAAGCAGGACUUUGAUUGUUUGCUGGUAUUCUUAUUUGAAAGUUUGAAUUUUGGCAAACUUCCUAUGGUGGAUUUAUGAAUAGAGAACAAGCACUGAGAGUGUCACCGCUAAAGCAAUCUAAAGGCCUCUCGAGGAAGUCGAGAAGUACUUCAUUUUCCAUUUCGUUGAACAUCCUUUUCCAAUUGAAUCUGUCAGCCUGUGACCUUGCUCACAAGUGAUCCUUUUACACCUUGCCCUAACAUGCACCUUGAAUCCAUAACAUGUCAGCACAGUUUUAUACACUCUUUUGUUCCAGAGAAAUUAAAGGAAUUGAUAAAUGUUAAGGGAAAUAAACUAAAACAAUUAGACAAUCUACAAAAACUUAAUCUAAACUAUUUUCAUAAUUCAUUUUUAUUUUCAUAUAAUUUUAGCAAAAAAUGUCCAAAACAUUCCUGAACAGGUGGGAAUUUAAUGCAGUUUUUAUCAUAUUCCACAUUAAAUUGAAUAUUAUUGUGAUUCGGACCAGAUCGCAACUGCAACAAGCAGUUUUAAUAUGCUAACUCUGGGAAGUUAUAAUGGAAAUCUUCCGUUAUUUCCGUCAUUUUUUUUAAAUGAAACGAUUAAUCAAUUAAUAGAGAUAAUAGUCAUUAGAUCAAUCAACAGUCAAAAUAAUUGUUUGUUGCAGGGCAAAAAUGCACUUGUUAACUUUCUUGUUGAGUGUUAGCUGAGAAGAUCGACACCACCAUUGGGUCAUUAGCUUAGCUUAGCAUAAACAGUGGGAGCAGUGGGUAAUCGCUAGCCUGCCUCUUCACAUUUCGGCUUUUGUACAUAUUAAAAAGACAAUAUGUUUCUUAAGAGGUGCUGUAGACUUCUUAUUCUUUAAACAGAGCCACCUAGCUGUUUCCCCCUGUUUCUUUUCUUUAUGCUAAGCUAAGCUUAUCACCUGCUGGUUACAGCACAAUAUAGCAAAAUAUAUAGCGCAGACAUUAGAGUGAUAUCAAUCUUCUCUAACUUACAGCAAAAAUGUGAGUAUUUCACAAAAUGUCAAACUUUUCCUUUAAUAUCACAUGUAAGGCAAAACUAAAACUAUGAUACGUGUCUACUAAAGCUACUCCAAUGCUCUUAUAUUUUGUGCACUCCUUGAAGAUGUUUGGACUUUCAUAAGUCCGACUUGAUUUUUCUUGGGAGGAGAAUACAGUAAAUACAAAUAGGUAAUGCAGUUGGUUGUACAACAACUUAACUACACUCAAGAAGAUUAGCCUUUUUUUAAAUUUGCAGAUAUACAGAAAUGUAAGUGGUUGGCCAUUCAUCUUUGGUGUAUUUAUAGAUGCUAUGCUUCAAUGUGCUCCAAGUACUCAAGAUGUGUGUUAAUGCAAUGCUUUCCAUUUUGCAUUUAUGCAAAAUGUAAAAGGGGUCAAUUAAUAAUGAUGUGUUUCUUCAUGAAUGCCAGAAUGUUUUGCUGAGCUGUCAGAAAAAUUAAGCUCAGAAAUGUCGCAGGUGAAAUGCAGGACAGAGAAGACCUGAACUGAUAACUUUCUCUCCAAAAUAAUUUUCGGACUAAUAUAGAAAACAGGCAUAGA